UUGUUCAUCGUCGUCAUCAUCAUCAUUAACAACUUCGAUGAUAAAAUAUCAUCAACAACAACAAUGUCUUUAUAAUCAAUCAUGGCGAAAAUGUGUUAAAUCAAGAAAAUCUACUUCGACAAUUAUGACUUCCAAUGAUGAUGACAAUAAUAAUAAUCGUGGUAAUGAAUGGUUAACAAUGGUGGUUAAUAAAUGUUGGCCAUCGACAGCAACAAUAAACAGAUGUCAAAGUGUUAAACGACAACAACAACAGAAAAUGAAUUUUCUAUUCUUGAUGAUAAUGUCAUUAUUUCAAUUAAAAUCAUCUUUUUUGAUAAUGUCCACCAUGUUAAUGAUGAUGAUGAUGAUGAUGGUGAUGGCCAAUGAUAAUAUUAGUCAACCAUCAUCGAAUUCAUCAUCAUCGAUACAAUCGAUACAAUCGAUAUUGCCAACAGAAUAUUUUUAUGCUCAAGAUAAAUUAUCGGAUUUUCAGGUUGAAAAAUUUUAUUCAAAAAAAUUUAAUUUCCAAAAUAAUAAAACUAUUAAAAAUGAAAAUUCUAGUCUACAUCGUCAACCAUCAUCAACAUUAUCAUCAUCGUCGAAGAUGAUGACCAUCAAUAAUCGUCAACAACAGCAUAGUUUAUCAUUGUUAACGCCCAAUGAUGAUAAUAUCACUGCUUUAAAAUAUCAACUGCCAAAUAUAAUGAUUAAUCAAAAUCAACAAAAUGAUGAUAAUAAUCAUAGGCUACCUGAAGAUCCACAUCAAAAUGAUGAUUAUUCACAAUGGUUAAGGCCUGUUUAUAUUCCACCCAAACGUUCAUCAUCAUCAUCAUCAUCGUUGAUGGAAACAAAUCAAACAGCAUCAUCAAUUUUAUUGUUUGGUUCGGAUAUGAUUCAAUCAUCAUCAUCUUCGUCGUCGACUAUUUCCACAUCAAAUACAUCCAUCCAUAAUAAUAAUGAUAAAAAUUACAAUUAUUUAUUUAAUAAAACAUCAAAUUUACAAUUACAAAAACAACAACAAUUUAAAUUUGAAUUAAAAGAUGAACAAUGGGUUGCACCAAUUAUUGCAUUAUCAACAUUAAAUAUGUUGGUUAUUUUUGCAUUCGAAUGUUUUGUUAUUUAUCGAGCUUGUCGAACAUGUCCAUCAAGACGGCAUUUAUUUUUAGGACAAAUGUUAUUAUUCGGUCUAUUUCUUUCAUCAGCAAUGGGCCUAACAUUCGUACCAAAACCAACAUGGUUAAGUUGUACAAUGAUACGUUUAGGUUUCGGAAUUAGUUUUUCGAUUGUUUAUGCAUCAUUAUUAGUGAAAACAAUAUUUUUAUUAUCAUUACAUCAAGGUUGUUAUCUUAGUGCUGAAUAUCAGGCAUUAUUAUUAUUUUUUAUUAUUUCAACACAAAUUGCUAUCGAUAUACAAUGGUUAUUAAAUCAACGGUCAACAUUAAUUAUUGAUUAUUGGGAUGGUUUUGGCCAGGCUGUUUAUCGUUGUGAUCAUUCUACACAAAAUUUACUUUGGUCAUUAUCAUAUAUCAUAUUAUUAAUUGCCAUUCUAUCAAUAAUGACAUUUCGUAUACGUGGUUAUCGUGAAAAUCAUGGUGAAGCAUUAUUUUUAGGUAUCGUAUCCAUACUGCAAAUAUUUGUUUGGUUUGUAUGGAUAACCGGUACAAUGACAAGUACACCACAUUAUCGUGAUGGUUUUACUGCAUUUGGUAUUGUUGCAAAUGCAACAAUGAUUUUUAUGAUAAUGUUUGUACCAAAAGGUAGACAAUUAGCUGCUGUUGGUGGUCGAAAUAGUCAUGGUCAUUUUAGUCAUCAUAAUAAUCAUCAAAAUGAUGGUUCCGGUGGUGAUAAUGAUGAUGAUGAUGAUGGUCAUAAUGUUUUAGCUGUAACAGGUGUUUUAGAUCAAUUAUCAUCAUUAGGUUCAUCACCAUCAAUUUAUUGUGGUAUUGGUGGUGUUGGUGGUCAACAUUCAUUUUUAAAUUUAAAAAGUGGUUCAAUAUCUGGUCAAAUGGCAUCCAUAAAUCAUCAAAAUCACCAUCACCUUAAACAUCGUAAUAAUAAACAAUCAUCAUAUGCAUAUCAUAUAUCGAACGGUAUAAUCGAUAAUAACAAUCGAUUAUUAUCAUCGAUACCAUCAUCGAAUAAUAAUAGUUCAUUAACAUCGGCUACAUAUUAUAAUUUAUAUCAAAAAUUCAAUAAUCAUCAACAGAAUAAUGGUACGGAUACAUCAUUAACAACAAGUCCAGAAGGUAUUGGUACAACAUCGACUACAUUGACAGCAAUGAAUGGUCAACAAGGUCAAAAUAGCUGUAGUGGUCAACAAACACGAUCAACAUUAUCAAAUAGUUUUAGUAAUAAUGCUAUUUCGACUGUAUUUAAUUAUCAACAACAACAACAACAACAAUUUUUAGAUAAAAACAACGAUCAUGGUGAUAAUUUCGAUAACGACAUCGAUGAUGAUGAUGAUGAUCCAAAUUAUUCAAAUUUAUCAACAAUAUUUACAUCAUCAUCAUCAUCUACAACAACAACAACAAAUAUAACAACAACAACCGCAACAACAACAACAACAACCGCAACAACAACAACAACAACAACAACAUUAUCAUCAAAAGAUGAUGAUAACGAUAUGAAAACUAGUCCAAUUAGUGAAAAUAAUUCUAAUCAUUCUUCAUCGUCGACAUCAUCACAAUCAUCAACAUCAACAUCAUCGGAUCCUGUUCAUAAACAACGUGCACUGCCAUUACCAUUAUCAUCAUCAUAUCAUCAAUUGAAAACAAAACAGGAACGAAAUUCAGGAAUUUCUAAUAUGAUCAAACAACAACAACAACAGCCGAUUAUGUCGCCAAACGAUCCUACGGCCAUACAAUCAUUACAAUCAUCGACUAUAUUAACAAAAUUAUUAUUACAACAGCCACCGAAAAAUGCAGGUAGUGGUUUUUUCUAUUUACAACCACCACCAUUACCUCCGUCAUCAUCAUCAUCAUCAACAUCGGUUCCUGCGGCCACACCGCAGCCAUCAACGACAGCAACGACCGCGAUUGAUUCAACCAUAAUGAAUGGUGGUGGCGCUGCUGGGAUAUCAUCACGUCAAUCAUAUCGUCAAUCAUGUUAUACAGCUCAAGCAGCCAUCGGUGUUAAUCAUCAUCAUCAUCGUCAUCCACAUCAUCAUUACAAUCAUUAUUAUUCCGGAUCAAAAUCUGGUUUAUAUCAACCUCAUCCAUCAUUACAAUUACCAUUACAACCAUCAUCAUCAUCAUCAUUAUUAUUAACACCAUCAACACCAACUGGUUUGAUAACACCGAUUGGUCAUAUGCCACCACAGCAAUUACAAUUAAUUAGUCCAACAACAACAACAAUUCAGGAUUCAAAUCAACUAAAUUUACAACAACAAUUUGGUUAUUAUUUUGGUCAAUUUGAUCAAAGAAAUGGUCAACAACAACAACCAACAAAACAACAACAAAUGNAACUGGUUUGA